CGUGUCCCAACUAUACACGCUAGCGCAGUUACUCACUUCCCUACUAUGUCUUAGCAGUGAACGUUGUGCCAAAAUUUGGUUAAUCACUCGUUGUUGACGAAAAACAUUGACUAUUGAAACGCAAUUACUUCCAAUUAGCCAGAAGCAGCGCCCAGGCCAGCUAGUCAGUGGAUUCCAUCCUGAAUUUGAGUUCUCGUAUUUGAAAUUAGUUCUCCUUCAACUUUGACGACUGGUGUUGAAUGUCAUCAUCCCACGUUUUUUUCAUCCAAGUGUGCGCAGCUGAACAACCGUCAAACGUAGAAAGUGACCAAAUACAUCCUCUCGACCAUUAAUUCACAGUGAUAGUAAGGACCUCCAUAAACGUUCUAUGCAAUUUUAACGUAUCUUGGGGAAACCAAAAACCCGAAGAUGUUACUAAGAAAAAUACGUGCUCUUUUCAUGUUUCAGUAGUUUCGAGCUAAGCAGGUGAGCGUUUGUAUGAAUAUUAAUUGUCAACAGAAUGUACAAGACUACUGGCUGCCUUAGCGAGAUAGUUACCAUGUCCAAUAACAAGCUCAAAGACAUCGACGAUACACACGUGGCGGAACAGCACCAGCUCUUGCGUAAAGGUCUGAGCAAAAGAAUCAAUCAGUUACCCAAUGAAGAGAAUGGACAAACUACGUCACCGGAUAUUCCCUACUCCAGGAAUGCUGCCGUUUCCUAUAUCAACGCUGGUGAGGAGGAUCAAAUGGAACUUUAUGGUUACCGCCGUUCACUAUUUCGAACAAUCCUCACCUGGCUUUUCAUUGUGAAAACUGUUGGGAUUUUACGCAUGGUUUUCCAUUGGUUUCCCGAAUGGUUUUUGAAUUGCACCCAUACUAGGUGUUCUCUCGAGGUCGCAGAGAAAAUACUGAUUGUGGAGAUAUAUCAAAAGAAAUAUCGGCGAGUUCACAUACGAAGUAUCACCUGUAUGAGUGCGCUCCAGAUUAUAAAUGCGGCAACAGAACAUACCGUCAAAGGGAAAAAAAAAUCCGUAGAGCAUCGCAAUUCACAUGUACUGCAGGAUUUAAAUAAAAUCGACGAUUCUCCCAUUUUAUCUCUUCCAAAUGCAGAUGGCACAUUUCAUGAGGCCACGAGUGUCCGUAUGUUCACCUGCAAGAAAUUGCGCUAUAUUUGGAAUACGGAGACAAAAGAGUUCCUUAAAGUGAAAAGCUUGGGUCCUGGUAUGCCGACAUCUUCUUUACAUCACACAGAUGCUCAACAAGGAUUGGCUGGUUUAUCUAUUCUUGAGCAACAAAGAAGGCGGGCAAUUUUUGGCUCAAAUUUUAUUAACGUUCCAGUUAAAAGUGUUUUGGAGCUUCUCCUUCUGGAAGUGUUGAAUCCAUUUUACAUCUUCCAAGUAGUAUCCGUCUUCAUUUGGAUUAUGAUUGAAUAUUAUAUUUUCGCCGGAGCUAUAAUGGUUAUGUCUGCGGCCGGAAUAGCCAUUUCAAUCAUCCAAACUAGAAAAAAUCAAAAAAAGUUGAGAAACACAGUGCAUGGAAGUGACAUAAUAGAUGUGUGUCGAGGAGGCGGAGUAUACGAAACCAUAAGAACCGAAGAACUGGUUCCGGGAGACAUGAUUAUUUUACCAGCCAACGGCUGUACUAUGCAUUGUGACGCUGUUUUAUUAUUCGGAACCUGUAUCGUUAAUGAAAGCAUGCUAACAGGAGAAAGCGUGCCCGUUGUCAAAACUCCUCUGCCAUUCCAAACAGACGUCUUAUAUCAUCCCAAGGAACACUCUAGGCACACUUUGUUUAGCGGCACGAAAGUUGUUCAAACACGAUUUUAUAAUGAAGAAAAAGUUAUGGCCGUUGUGACUUCAACUGGUUUCAUGACGGCAAAAGGGUCGCUGGUGUCCGCCAUUAUGUAUCCACCCCCAGUUGACUUCCGUUUUGAAAGAGACAGUUACCGAUUUAUUGGUUUCUUAGCUUCCUUGGCUUCUAUUGGAUUUACUUAUAGCAUUAUUAAAAAGAUUAUAUCGGGCGAAGCGGGAGUGAAAGUUGUGUUUCAUUCCUUUGACAUUAUUACAAUUUGUGUUCCUCCCGCGUUACCUGCGGCCAUGACUGCGGGAAUCAUUUUGGCACAAAAAAGACUUGAGCAACGAAAUAUCUAUUGCAUCUCCCCGAGGUCUAUCAACGUUUCAGGUUCUUUAAAUUGCAUUUGCUUUGAUAAAACUGGAACAUUGACAGAAGAUGGACUUGAUCUAUGGGGCGUUGUACCCGUUGUAGAUGGCCGACGAUAUAUACCUCCUAUAAGAACGCCAUUAAAGCUAUCACAGGCGUUAUCUACCCUUCGUCCGCAUGACCGAAGUCCAUCGGCAGUUAGUUAUAAUUUUAAGUUAGAGCCACCGUUGUUGCUUAUGGGCAUGGCCACCUGCCAUUCGUUGACAAUAAUAGAUGGCAACCUUAGUGGUGAUCCCUUAGACCUUAAAAUGUUUGAAUCGACUGGAUGGGUUCUGGUUGAGCCUUCCAAUGAAGACACGAAUAAAUACGACAACAUUUGUCCAACUGUUGUUAGUUGGACUCCGCCGAGUGGAAACAAGGGAGACCCUGGACCUGGAGUGUCGGAUUCCUCCGACCUGGAUGGUGCGGAAAAUUCGAAAGUUGAGGUAGGAAUUGUUCGCCAGUUCCCAUUCAGUUCGACUCUUCAACGAAUGGCCAUCAUUUGCAAACGCAUCGGCCAGGAGCAACUUCAUUUCUUCUGUAAAGGUUCACCGGAAAUGGUGCAGUCUUUAUGCAAGCCGGAAACCGUACCGACCAACCAUAAUGAAAUUCUAGAAGAAUACACAAGGCAAGGUUUCCGUGUCAUAGCCUUAGCUCACCGUCUUGUUGAGAUCCGAUCCCUACACAAGCUUCAAAAAGUGCAAAGAGAAGAUUUAGAAAAUGAAUUGACAUUUCUUGGUCUAGUCGUCUUAGAAAAUCGUCUAAAACCGGAUACCAAGGCGAUAAUUAAUCAGUUAUCAGAUGCAGCCGUCCGAACCGUCAUGGUCACUGGAGAUAAUAUACUGACAGCCAUAAGCGUUGCUCGAGAUUGUGGAAUGGUAGGAUCGCAUGAUCAGGUAGUAAUAGUCAAUUAUGAAGAAAGUUCGGGCGCAGUUUCAACCGAUGGGAAACCACACUUGACUUACAGUUUGGCUGAGAAAUCUUCUGUCCAGACUCCCACUAGCGGUACGUCGACAUCAGCAAUGAACAACAGUGGUGAUAUAACGUUGGAUAUAACAAAUCCGGAUUUGAUCGGACGUUACCAUUUAGCAAUCACAGGGAAAUGCUGGUCAAUCAUUCAAGAACAUUAUCCAGAAUUGGUACCUCGAUGCGUAGUAAAAGGGACUAUCUUCGCUCGUAUGUCUCCUGACCAAAAACAGCAGUUGGUCCAAGCACUGCAGCAACUGAACUAUGUCGUUGGAAUGUGUGGAGAUGGAGCAAAUGAUUGUGGUGCUUUAAAAGCAGCUCACGCUGGAAUUGCUUUGUCAGAUUCUGAAGCUUCAGUGGCUUCACCAUUCACUUCGAGAGAUGCAAGCAUUAGUUGCGUACCAGAGUUGAUUCGCCAAGGACGUUGUGCACUUGUCACAUCAUUUGGCAUUUUCAAGUAUAUGGCUGCAUACAGUCUCACACAGUUCAUCUCCGUCAUGAUUUUAUACGAAAUCGGAACCAAUUUGACGGAUUUCCAAUUCCUCUACAUCGAUCUUUUCCUUAUUUGCUCACUGUCCGCCCUUUUCGGACGUACGCAACCUCAUCCAGGACCACUGUUCAAUCGCCCUCCUUUGACCUCCCUUCUCUCAUUACCACCUGUGGGGUCACUUCUUAUUCAAGUGCUUUUGGUUGGUUUCUUCCAAGCUAUUAGCAUGCUUUUGCUUACCAAGCAAAAUUGGUUCGUACCGUAUAUGGAUCUUCACAACACCACUGGGCUGGAAACUGGGGACUACGAAUGCCACGAAAAUUACGCAAUUUUUUGUGUCUCUCUGUGCCAGUAUAUCGUCUUGGCGUUGGCUUAUGCAAAAGGAAAACCUUUUAGAGAAAUUUUUCUGAAGAAUUACUGGUUCGUCGGAGCUUUAGCUGCCUCUGCGGCAUGUUCCGUUUGUAUCCUCAUUGAUCCUCCUUACUUUAUCGAAAAAUGGCUACAACUGAAGAUGCCUCCUAUGGAAUUUCGCCUCAUCAUUUUGGGCUUGUCAGCCGCUCAGGUUUUCGUGUGUCUGUUAACGGAAGAAAUCGUGAUAGAUCGUGGUCUCGUCAAGUUGAUGGAUUCUCCUUUUUGGCUGAAGCUACGACCUCGCAAGGAAAAAUAUUUAGCAAUCGAAAAAGAAAUAAAAACGAGCGAUUGGCUAUCUUCAAUAGUGACAUCAACUGUUGCUCAGAAAUAAUCGUAAAAGGUGUAAGGUUUUAUCUUAUUCAGAUAUGCAUUGUCCUUUAUUUCCAUCCCUUGAUCGCUCAUCAUCCCAUUGUAGAUUUUAUUCUCCAAUUAGAAUUAAAUGAAUUGGGCUCAUAAAAUGGAGCGCGUUAUUCGUCAAUAAUGAUAGGGUCUUCCUAUCAUUUCGAUAUCACGUAUGCCAUAUUUAAAAUAGCCAGAAUGGAAGUGGAUAAUGAGUUCAAGCGAAACAAAUUUUAUGAUAAACAUAUAAAUACUGCCUCUGCCUUCUUAGAUCUAUGUACGUACAUGUAUUCUGCUAAUGUCCUAACAAUUAGAAUGCAUACCCUUUACUACUUUUGGGAGUUGUAUGAAGAAUAAAUUUGUCUGUGUUAA